GUUACAGUGGUGAAGUAAGUGAACCAUAAGCACAUUAGCGAUUUAGCGUAAAUUUUCUUCACCAACUGCAUUUUUUGUGGUAGUGUCAUCUGGAAGCCAUCUUGAAGUCUUGCUACUGUUACGAAUAUUAAUAAAAAUAAACAUGAAUUCUUAAAUAGAUUGAUGGAUCCGUUUCACACUAAGAUCUAAUUAACGAAAAUUAAGUAUGAAACAAACAUAAAGCUCUUUAAAAAGAAAAGAUGGCAGGCAGUGAAGGAUCAGGACCUACAGACCUACUGAGCGGUUGGUCCUGUGUGGUACACCGACCAAGUGAAGAUCCUGAACCUUCAGAGCUUCCAAGUACAGUUGAUAUGGCUGCUUUCACUUCUGGUUUAAGUGUAGAGGCGACUCAAGGCACCCAACACCAGGAUUCUUGUGAUUCUGAAAGUGACUCGGAUAGUGAUUCUAAUAAUUCUGGGAGUGAAAUAUCAGGCUCAUGCAGUCCAUCAGAUUCAUCUGAUUCGGAAACGUCAAGUUCAAGUGCAGGUUCGUCAUCCGGGAGCUCAUCCCCGGAGUUUUCAGUCACCAGUUCCCAGACCAACGGUCUUCGUUUAAAAAUAGCUACCGUACGAAAAUCAUGUGCGAGUCCUGUAGAAAAAACAUAUGUAAAAUCGAAGACAGUGCCUCAGGAGUGUACCAAAGGAUCCUCAGUGGUAGUGCCACAUAGUACGCUGACAUCUACAUCAGAGGAGAGUGCCUGUUCUCAAUCUAGCUCAGAUUCCAGCAGUGAUUCCGAAGAUGAAGAAGAAGAUGAGAAAGAGAUAGAUAAGGCCCAGCAUUCAACAACAAACACUAAACUAGGAGACACCAUCUCGGAUAAUAAUAAAAAAAGUGCCUCUGGUGCUGUAAGGAAACAACAGGUGCCUGUGACAAAAAACACAGAGAGGAAUGUGCAGGAAAAGAAGGUAGUCAAGAAGGAGACAUCCACUAGUUCAAAUGGUCAAAAAGGAACUGCGAAAACGAAGACGAGAUCAUCGAGGCGAUCCAGAAAGAUGGCUUCUUUGCCGCUAUCUCGGGGCUCCACUGGUUCAAGUUCUGAUAAUGAGAGUUCCGAUUCUGAUAGCAAAAUGUUGGCCUCCUUGAGCCUUCAGGAAAUCAGACAAGAAGAUCUAGCCGCCAUCCUACCAGAUCAACAAGAGUGUGAUGCGUUCGGUGCUUUCGACUGUCGUCCUGAUAAAAGCUCCCCACAAACAGGAGAUGGUUCAGGGUCUGAUAUGGAGCUUCCCCAGCAAGCAGUUAAUGCACUUUUGCAAAGAACCACCGACAGUUCUAGCGAUUCGGAACCUCCAACACCUCUCAAUCCUCACACCCUUUAUGCCAACAGUUUGCUACAGCAAUUCGUAGCCCAAACACAAUUGUUGAAUACUCCGUCGUCGUUGCCUCCAGCUUCAACAGAUCUAAUGGGUAUUUCAGCCCCCACAGUGCAGACAACAUGCGAUGCACCACAAAAUUCUUCCAUUGACUUGGACUUAGCAAAACGAAAACGUGGAAGACCUAAGAAACCUAGUUCAAAGUCUAAAAAAUGCUCUAAUUCCUCUGCAAAAAGUGAUGACAUAGGAACGUUGGCACCCUUGAAGCCGUUAAACUUGGAUUUCUGUGGAAAUCCAAACGUUUCGCCGGACUCAGGUAUCCAGAAUAGUUCAGACCACAUCUCAAGCCCUGAACCUAGCCCUUGCCCGCCAAACGUUAAACACAAAUUAGUAAGUCAUAUUCAGGAAGGCGAGAAAAAGAAAGAAACGUUAGAAAAUAAUAAGCACUUAGAACGAGAUGCCAGAGUUUCUUUUAACACAAGAGGUUCUAAUUUGAAAAUUACGCAAAAUAGACAGAGGUGUGUAAAAAUCAAAGAACUAUCUAAAAUACCCAUUACUUCCAACAGUUUCGAUAGAGUAUUGUACGGUAAUGCGGACAGGGUUUUGUAUCCACCUAGGCGAAAAGCUGGAAGACCCCCAGUGACACGUAAAGGCCCAGGAAGGCCAACCAAACAAAGAUCUGGCUCUGUCCAAGAGGUCAAACCGCCUGACAAACCCAAUGAAAUAGUAAAGAAACAAUUAGAUGCUAAAUCAAAUAACAAUAACAAAAAGAAAGGUCAAAAUGAUAAAAUAACAACCACCUGUGAUAACAGUAGAAAUAAAAAUUUUGGAAGAAAUGUAAAAGAAACGACGGUAGUUCAAAAAAAAUCUAAAUCAAUUCUUCUACGUGAAAUAUGUGAAAGAGUAAGUGAACGUCUCGAUAUUAAUAACAAACACCCGUCAAAGCGGAAGAUUCGAACAAAAGGUAACACCAAGAGUGGAGUCAGGCCUCUUCUAAGUGCCAAGACGAAAACCGAAGUUCGAUAUGCUACGUUUAAAAACGCAAAAUUAAUGCACAGUAAACACAAACACAAGAAACAUAAGAAAUGCAAAUUCCGGAUAUUGAAACCAGUAAAUGCCUUGAACGUCGCAACAGUAAAUCAAGACCAAAAACUCGACCAGGAAAUUGAAAAACUCGUUGCCGAUUUCGUUAAAUUGUGCUGCAUUAGCCCUCAAAAAUCUGCAAAAGAAAACGUACCCGAGAUCUUUAAAGCCCUUAAAAAGUCAACGAAAAAGCGGAAAAUAUCAGAAUAUAACGAGCGAAAAAAGAAGAAAAUCAAUGUUGCUAGUUCUACUGACAAAGAAACCACUCCCAAUGAACAAAGACUACCAUUAAAGAAACGCCAUUAUCACUUAUCUGCUAAUGUGCACAGUGAAAACAAAGCAGAUCUCAAUGGAUCCUCUGAGGGGCAUGAAAAGAAACGAGACAUUCAAGGUAAAGAAGGAAAGCACCCAGUUUCGGCGGCAGCGUGUAAAUCUAAUGUAGACAAGUCCAAGUCAUCGUCGUCUUCCAAAAAUUCCACAGUGACUACGACUGUGUCUGUUAAAAACGAACCGAAUGCGGAGAUUGCUCCCACUGAAUCUUCCACCCUUAACGGAAACCUGGCAGCAACUCAUGAAGUCGUCUCGAAAUCGGCCAAAGUAGGGACUCACAUUGAUGAAGCUAUUGAAGCUACUAUCACCCGGUAUUCACACAACAAUAAUAACAACGUGGCUAAUUCUAAACCCCAAGUAGAUAAGAGCGUCAGCCCCGUCUUAGAAGAAAAGUCAAAUGUGCCUUUAACCGCCACAACUCCCAAGAAACGCCACUGGCUCGAAGUGAAGAAUAAUAACAAUGUAUUGGAAAAUAAAAGUUCUGAAGACGACGUCAAAAUUAAUGAAAAGCUUGCCAAAAGUAAAACCUCUUUAGAAAAUGUGGUGCUCGAACUUAAGAUGAAGAAGAAAUUAACCGAAUCUGGAACAAAGAAAGUGGCGAAAGAUGAGAUAGUCGCCCAAAUUAUUACGCGAAAAAAGAACCGUCUUGAGGACCUAACUUCCAAUUUAGCAUCAAAAAUAAAUACUGUAUCGAAAGAGGGUGGAAAUUCUACAGACAUGAGUCAAAAAAAGAAAAAAGAGCAUACAGGAAAGAACGAGGAAGUUGUUACAGUACGCAAUACAGUCAUAAAAUCCCCAGUAUGUAAAAAGGUUAAAGCUCCAGAUGUAGACAAACUUGAUUCAAUAACUGCCGAAAAUCCCACAGGAAUUUUCAUGCCUACUGUCGACUUGGAACUUCACAUACCGUCAACAACUAUCGAAACCAACAAAGAAAACGUUGCAUUAAAAAAAGAAAGUGUUGAAGAAGAUAUGUCAACUAAAUUGGCUGUAAAUACAUUACAAGUUAGGCAGUCCCCAGAAAACGACGAAAGUACGAAAAAGAAAAUUCGUAAAAGAAGAGCAAUUAAUCGAACCGGUUUUCCUACCGUAAAAAAGAAAAAGAAAAAACCGUUCGCUAUCACAGACGACAAAAUUCCUAUUACAACUCCUGCUGCAGAUACGCAACUUUUAGAGGUCAAGACAAAUGUUUGCGAUCGUGUUCCACUAGAAGGUGAAAAAUACUCGGCGUUUGUGCAGCGAACAGAAAAAGUUGUUGUCUCAGACGUUUUAUUGGAGAAACUACAGAAGUCUGCCAAUCUUUCUGCUGUAGAAAGUGUUAAAAAUGUUGACGAAAAGCCACCCCUUCAUUUGUCUAGUGAUAUUCCAGGAGUUCAACCCAUAGCUUUUAUUAAUGUCAAACAAGAACGACCUUUGAGCAGGCUUAGUAUUAAACAAGAAAAGAGAGAUAAAAGUGUAUCUUCCGAAACAUCUGACAGUGUGUUAAGUCAUGCUAGCAAAAGGAUAAAAGCCGAUCCCAUGUAUGAAAGUUAUGGGGACUUAGACGACUUAAGUUUGGAAGAGAGGCUGGAACGGAGCAGAGGAGGCCGCAGACCUUCUAGGACAAUUGAUUCCAGAAAACAGCAGGACUCGUCGAAGUUUGUGAUUCAUAAGCGACGUCUAAGGGAUAUUUCACCAUCUAGUAGUGAUGAAUCGAAAAAGAACAACAGGAAGGCCCCUAGAUGGAGGAAACGGUACCUUGUUGCCGGACUUUUUUCCGAUUAUUACAAAGAAGAUGAUGAAAUUGUUCGUCAAAGGCGAACUGAAGCGGCGAAUAGUAAGUUAAUCUACAAACCUGAAGAGCAUCGCUACGGUCUUUUACCCCCUCCAUAUCAUUGUGGUAAAUUUUUGAGAUGCCGCAAAUUGCCUUUUCAGCUACCUUACGAUCUUUGGUGGCAACACGUACACAAUCAACUGCCCGGUCGAGACAUAGUCCCAUCCUGGAACUACCGCAAAAUACGAACCAACGUUUAUAACGUCAAGUCAACAGCGAUGGGUGCAUGCGAGACGCAAGCGUGUAACUGCACCCCUCUGUCUGGCUGCGGCGACGAUUGCAUCAAUCGUUUGGUGUAUGUUGAGUGCCCAGGAACACACAAGUGUCAAAAUCAGAAAAUACAGAGGCACGAAUGGGCGCCGGGCAUCGAAAAGUUCAUGACCGAGAGCAAAGGUUGGGGCGUGCGUACCAAUCUCGCAAUUAAGGCGGGAGAAUUCAUUUUAGAGUACGUUGGCGAGGUCGUGUCAGAUCAGGAGUUUAAAGAGCGUAUGGCAACUCGAUACGCGCACGACACUCACCACUAUUGUCUCCAUUUAGAUGGUGGUCUCGUUAUAGAUGGUCACAGAAUGGGCGGUGAAGGUCGGUUUGUUAAUCAUUCUUGCGAGCCAAACUGUGAGAUGCAGAAAUGGUCCGUAAACGGUCAGUUUAGAAUGGCACUUUUUGCCCUUCGUGAUAUUCGAUCCGGCGAAGAGCUUACGUACGAUUACAAUUUCUCCUUGUUCAACCCAGCGGACGGGCAAGUGUGCAAGUGUGGUAGCGAAAACUGCCGAGGCGUUAUAGGAGGUAAAUCUCAAAGGGCACGACAACAGAGCUCGUCAGCUGCAGGUCGGGUCGGUCGCCCACGUAAAAACAGAGCCAAAAGAUCUUCCAGUGCACCAAAAGAAACCACCUCCAACGUAUUAACUCCCGCAGCAACCAAUCUGGUAACGGAUUCCGCAGCAUCGGUGAUUGCCAGUCAAACGUUGUUACCAAUCGUUCCAUUAUUGCCAACGGUAAAGCCCAUGACGGGUGCACAACGGGCGUAUGUACGUGAACAUCAUUGUUUCUUGCCACGGAAUUUGACACGGGUUAGACGAUUGCGUGAACGUUCAGCGAGUACGACAUCGGUGGGGCGGACACAUAACUCCACGCCGACUGGCGGGCUAGGUGCAUCAAGUAAUUCUGGAAGCAUAACGGACCACCGAAACAGUCCAAGCACUUUUCUUAAUCAUCUGAAUGCAAUCCGACAACCGCGUAACAUGAAAACGCGUCGAUUGGCCCAAGCCGAGGACGAUCCGGAACUAAACAAAACCGCCAAAUUGGCCGCAGUACUAAAGGACCUCUGUGGCGUUGUGUUAAGUGCCAAAGAUGAAAAUGGUGAAGCCCUGUGCACACCCUUUGUCACCUUGCCGUCACGUAGAAAACUGGCUGAGUAUUAUGCCCGAAUUACUGAGCCAAUAGAUUUGACAACUAUCGAGCAGAACAUUGCCACAGGCGUUUACAAAUAUGUCGACUCCUUCGACUGCGACAUGAUGCGCUUGUUUAACAACGCCGUGAAAUACUUCGGACGUACAUCUGAAACAGGUAUAGCCGCCACCAGGCUGAAGAAAUCGUAUCAGGAAGCAAAACAGGAGCACAUCACGAAGCUUGAAGAAGUACUUGGCGAAAAAGUGUCGGACAAGUUCAUAUCGCGAAAGAAUAAAAAUGUUGAAGAGGACGUAAUACGCUGCAUAUGUGGUAUGUAUCGUGACGAGGGACUCAUGAUACAGUGUGAGAGAUGUUUAGUGUGGCAACAUUGCGAGUGCAUCAAGGCUGAUCCUAAUGCUCCCAGUUAUCAUUGCGAACGGUGUACUCCUCGUGUUGUCGACUUUGAAAUACCCCUAGAUGAAUACACAGAACAUGGGCACAGGUUUUAUAUGACUCUUCUUCGUGACGACUUGCAAUUAAGACAAGGGGAUACUGUGUACGUUUUAAGAGAUAUUCCCAUCCCUGGCACUGAUAAGAAACACGAUUACAAAACAAUAGGUGAAAUUGAGUAUACCGAAUUGGACAUAUUCAGAAUCGAAAGAUUGUGGAAGGAUUCACAAACGGGACAACGGUAUGCCUACGGACAUCAUUAUCUAAGGCCCCAUGAAACUUUCCACGAACCUACAAGAAAAUUCUUCCCAAACGAGGUGAUGCGAGUGCCGCUGUAUGAAGCAGUGCCGGUAGAGCUGAUUAUAGGUCACUGCUGGGUGAUGGAUCUAAAUACGUACUGCAAAGGCAGGCCGUUGGGCGCCCCCGAAGAGCACAUCUACAUUUGCGAAUAUCGCGUUGAUAAAUCCGCAAGACUUUUCAGUAAAAUUUCAAAGACCAAAUUCCCAAUUUGUACGAAGAGCUACGCCUUCGAAAGAUUCGACACACGGUUAAAAGUAUCACGGACGUAUACACCCCAUGAUUUGGACCCCGCAUUCGUGAAACCUCGCGGGCGUAAGAUGCAGGACGGCCAGCAUCAGCCAGAGAUUACGACUACUGCAAGUGGUGCAAAAGAUGAAACAAACCAGAGAACGUCUACAACAACAGUUAGUACAGUCCCCGUUGUAAAGACAAGGGCCGAACAAAAAACAAGGUUAAAUAAAAUAUUGUUGAAUUUAUUGAGUAAAAUGCCAACAAAACAGGUUCUCGACGUUUCGUAUCUGUUGGAAGGUGGUCGCAGGCGGAAAAAACAAACAAUUUAUGGUCUUCACACUGUUAAAUUAGCUGUAGGAAUGGUGCUAGCUAGUGGCUCCCGAAUGCAAAACAUUCAAGAAACAGGUGUCAGAACAAGAUCUGAGUCGCAUUUAUUACUCGUCGGAGAUCCAGGUACAGGGAAAUCCCAAAUUUUAAAAUUUGCCGCCAAAAUUAUACCGCGAUCGGUGUUAACAACUGGGGUCGGUUCCACAUCCGCAGGGUUAACUGUUACUGCAAUUCAGGAAAAUGGAGAAUGGCAGUUGGAAGGGGGUGCUCUAGUCCUUGCCGAUGGAGGGAUUUGUUGUAUUGACGAGUUUAAUUCUAUGAAAGAACGCGACCGAACUAGCAUACAUGAAGCAAUGGAGCAGCAAACUAUUAGUGUUGCUAAAGCCAGUAUUGUGUGCAAAUUAAGCACCCGUUGUUCCAUUUUGGCUGCAAUUAAUCCAAAAGCCGUUUUGANCCUUGUUGCCGGACUUUUUUCCGAUUAUUACAAAGAAGAUGAUGAAAUUGUUCGUCAAAGGCGAACUGAAGCGGCGAAUAGGCCAACUAAGUUAAUCUACAAACCUGAAGAGCAUCGCUACGGUCUUUUACCCCCUCCAUAUCAUUGUGGUAAAUUUUUGAGAUGCCGCAAAUUGCCUUUUCAGCUACCUUACGAUCUUUGGUGGCAACACGUACACAAUCAACUGCCCGGUCGAGACAUAGUCCCAUCCUGGAACUACCGCAAAAUACGAACCAACGUUUAUAACGUCAAGUCAACAGCGAUGGGUGCAUGCGAGACGCAAGCGUGUAACUGCACCCCUCUGUCUGGCUGCGGCGACGAUUGCAUCAAUCGUUUGGUGUAUGUUGAGUGCCCAGGAACACACAAGUGUCAAAAUCAGAAAAUACAGAGGCACGAAUGGGCGCCGGGCAUCGAAAAGUUCAUGACCGAGAGCAAAGGUUGGGGCGUGCGUACCAAUCUCGCAAUUAAGGCGGGAGAAUUCAUUUUAGAGUACGUUGGCGAGGUCGUGUCAGAUCAGGAGUUUAAAGAGCGUAUGGCAACUCGAUACGCGCACGACACUCACCACUAUUGUCUCCAUUUAGAUGGUGGUCUCGUUAUAGAUGGUCACAGAAUGGGCGGUGAAGGUCGGUUUGUUAAUCAUUCUUGCGAGCCAAACUGUGAGAUGCAGAAAUGGUCCGUAAACGGUCAGUUUAGAAUGGCACUUUUUGCCCUUCGUGAUAUUCGAUCCGGCGAAGAGCUUACGUACGAUUACAAUUUCUCCUUGUUCAACCCAGCGGACGGGCAAGUGUGCAAGUGUGGUAGCGAAAACUGCCGAGGCGUUAUAGGAGGUAAAUCUCAAAGGGCACGACAACAGAGCUCGUCAGCUGCAGGUCGGGUCGGUCGCCCACGUAAAAACAGAGCCAAAAGAUCUUCCAGUGCACCAAAAGAAACCACCUCCAACGUAUUAACUCCCGCAGCAACCAAUCUGGUAACGGAUUCCGCAGCAUCGGUGAUUGCCAGUCAAACGUUGUUACCAAUCGUUCCAUUAUUGCCAACGGUAAAGCCCAUGACGGGUGCACAACGGGCGUAUGUACGUGAACAUCAUUGUUUCUUGCCACGGAAUUUGACACGGGUUAGACGAUUGCGUGAACGUUCAGCGAGUACGACAUCGGUGGGGCGGACACAUAACUCCACGCCGACUGGCGGGCUAGGUGCAUCAAGUAAUUCUGGAAGCAUAACGGACCACCGAAACAGUCCAAGCACUUUUCUUAAUCAUCUGAAUGCAAUCCGACAACCGCGUAACAUGAAAACGCGUCGAUUGGCCCAAGCCGAGGACGAUCCGGAACUAAACAAAACCGCCAAAUUGGCCGCAGUACUAAAGGACCUCUGUGGCGUUGUGUUAAGUGCCAAAGAUGAAAAUGGUGAAGCCCUGUGCACACCCUUUGUCACCUUGCCGUCACGUAGAAAACUGGCUGAGUAUUAUGCCCGAAUUACUGAGCCAAUAGAUUUGACAACUAUCGAGCAGAACAUUGCCACAGGCGUUUACAAAUAUGUCGACUCCUUCGACUGCGACAUGAUGCGCUUGUUUAACAACGCCGUGAAAUACUUCGGACGUACAUCUGAAACAGGUAUAGCCGCCACCAGGCUGAAGAAAUCGUAUCAGGAAGCAAAACAGGAGCACAUCACGAAGCUUGAAGAAGUACUUGGCGAAAAAGUGUCGGACAAGUUCAUAUCGCGAAAGAAUAAAAAUGUUGAAGAGGACGUAAUACGCUGCAUAUGUGGUAUGUAUCGUGACGAGGGACUCAUGAUACAGUGUGAGAGAUGUUUAGUGUGGCAACAUUGCGAGUGCAUCAAGGCUGAUCCUAAUGCUCCCAGUUAUCAUUGCGAACGGUGUACUCCUCGUGUUGUCGACUUUGAAAUACCCCUAGAUGAAUACACAGAACAUGGGCACAGGUUUUAUAUGACUCUUCUUCGUGACGACUUGCAAUUAAGACAAGGGGAUACUGUGUACGUUUUAAGAGAUAUUCCCAUCCCUGGCACUGAUAAGAAACACGAUUACAAAACAAUAGGUGAAAUUGAGUAUACCGAAUUGGACAUAUUCAGAAUCGAAAGAUUGUGGAAGGAUUCACAAACGGGACAACGGUAUGCCUACGGACAUCAUUAUCUAAGGCCCCAUGAAACUUUCCACGAACCUACAAGAAAAUUCUUCCCAAACGAGGUGAUGCGAGUGCCGCUGUAUGAAGCAGUGCCGGUAGAGCUGAUUAUAGGUCACUGCUGGGUGAUGGAUCUAAAUACGUACUGCAAAGGCAGGCCGUUGGGCGCCCCCGAAGAGCACAUCUACAUUUGCGAAUAUCGCGUUGAUAAAUCCGCAAGACUUUUCAGUAAAAUUUCAAAGACCAAAUUCCCAAUUUGUACGAAGAGCUACGCCUUCGAAAGAUUCGACACACGGUUAAAAGUAUCACGGACGUAUACACCCCAUGAUUUGGACCCCGCAUUCGUGAAACCUCGCGGGCGUAAGAUACAGGACGGCCAGCAUCAGCCAGAGAUUACGACUACUGCAAGUGGUGCAAAAGAUGAAACAAACCAGAGAACGUCUACAACAACAGUUAGUACAGUCCCCGUUGUAAAGACAAGGGCCGAACAAAAAACAAGGUUAAAUAAAAUAUUGUUGAAUUUAUUGAGUAAAAUGCCAACAAAACAGGUUCUCGACGUUUCGUAUCUGUUGGAAGGUGGUCGCAGGCGGAAAAAACAAACAUGAAACAAGUGUUGCGCGUAGUAGAUUAUCUUUUUCAAUUAUUUUUAUUCUUACAAAAAAAGGUAACUAUAAGAACGAAAAAAGUGCACUAUUUAUUAAUUUCUACUUAGGAAAAAGGGAACGAUGGAAACAAAUAUUUUUAUACCGCUAUUAUCCACUACUUAUUACUACUAUAUACUGUACAUACACGUUCUAGUACAAUUUUAUUAAUUUUAAAAGUCUUAUCGUACAAAAAAUCUUUUUAUUUUCUGUAUUUUUUUUAUAUUUAUUUCAAUUUUUACUGUUGUACAUAACAAAAUGU